GUUCAAAAUGGCGGCGUCCAGCAGUGAGAAAAAACGGAAAUUAGCUGAACUGAGUGUGGAUGAGUUCAUGCAGUAUGGAAUCGAUUCAGAUUCAUCAGAAAUUGACACAAUUUCACAAGCAGUAAAGACGAAGAAGAAAAAGAAAACCAAAGAAAAGACCAAAAAUGAAGAACCUGUCAAUCAAAUUCCAAAAUUGACCAAAGUGAAGAAACACCAGAUGCAGAUGAAGAGCCUGAAAGAAAAAGAUCCUGAGUUUUAUAAAUUCUUACAGGAUGAGGAUCAAGAAUUACUGGAUUUUGAUUUAAGUGGAUCUGACUUGGAGGAUAAUGAUGACGAAGAGAGUGAAGAAGAGGAUGCUGAUUUACACAAGUUACCACAGAGAUUAGAGGUUGCCAGUGAUGAUAGCGAGUUUGAAUCUGAUGAAGAAUCUGAUGUUGCCAUGGAAUCCAGUGGGAAAAGAAUCCACCCUGGUGACUUUGAAGACGGUUAAUAAAUGGAGGGACACAUUAGAGGAUAACCAUUCUCCUGUUGUAUUCCACGACUUAGUGAAGGCAUUCAAAUCGGCCGUACAACAAACUGAAAGAGAAGAGCAGCAAGAAACAGGAAAAUAUAAAGUAGAAGGAAGUGUUGUGUUCAAUGCGCUUGUAAACACCUGUGUACGAUGUGUGCCGACAACUUUACUUCAUAAUCUGAAAUUAAAAG